AAAUCAUUGUUGUCAACGCGUUGUUAUGAAGCUAACGAAGUCUGGUUUAAAUCACAAGGAGAUCUAAAACUCGCUGUUUAGUCCAGUCUGAGUUAAACAAACAUAAUUUUAACACGGCAUAAAUUUAGAAAAUGUCCACAACGGACCCACUGGACAUUUUACGAGAGCGUAACAAAGAUUUAUUGUACCAGCUGAAGCAGCAGAGAGAGAAACUGGACCUACUGAGCGGCUGCAGUCAGAGUCGUAAGAGAGAGAGAGAAGGCGAGGCUGAGGAGAGAAGAGACCCCGAAGAGAUCCUGACCCUCGCCGAUGAAGACAGCGGUCUUCAUGCCAGGGCAGCCCUUGCCAAACCUACCGUGAGAUUUGCGGAUACAUGUGAGGAACAAACAGGCAGAGGUGUGGCUGCUGAACAUACAUCACAAUCAGCCUUUUACAAAGACGGUGACAAACACCUUCGAGACCACAGCAGACUGCAGGAUAUGCAGCCAGUCAACAUCAAGUCAUGUUUAGCAAAUCAGAGCAAAGGACAGAGGGACGUGCGAAGUCGAGCCAAAUUUCCGUCUGCUGAAUGCGAGGACAUAUCUGCAGCAGACGUUCAUCACUUGCAGCCUUUACUCGGGUAUGACUGGAUAGCAGGAGUCCUGGAUGCUGAGGACUCCUUGAUAGAGCGUUCUGACGAGUUCUUCAAUGACCUGCACACGUUUCGAUCACUCAAUAAAGACGAAUGCGUCCACAGCCCACAAGCAGAUGGCUCUCCUCAUAGAUUUUUGGAGGAGAACCAUACAGGCCUGCCGCUGCUAAUAGGCAAGGACGGCACAGAGGCUGACAUGGACACUCAUCAGUGCACAUUCUCCUACAGGAUCAACAGCAGACUGUUCCCCGUCCCACUUCACUCUCAGGAGUGCUGCCCUGUAUGCAGAAAGCACAAAUCCUCCCACCCGCACACUGCUGCUGAACCAGCUCUCAUCAGGGUCAGCAUCCCACGCUCCACCUUCUUGCCACCUUAUAAGUAUAAAGCUCAUCGACGAUGCAGUUUUGACCCAUCUGAUAGUUUGGGGUUGCCAUCACACUGUCUUUCAGGGUGGUCGAAUAAAGGUCAGAGCGCACUUCCGCAACCCAGCAACCUCGACUUACAGAGCAGUCUGAAUAUAAAGAACUCUGUGACCAGGUCACAGAACACAGAACUGGAGGAUCUUUCUGCGCCCAAGUUGUCCAGGAAGCAGAUCUCUGACCAGAUAUCAGUUGUGUCUCGCUUGGCUCGUCACAACUUCCAGCAUCUUUCACCCAAAAGAAAAUUAGGAGUCUCUUCUUGCCCUUUGCGCUGACAAACCAUCCAAGUUCCUGUGAGACAACUGACGCUACCCCAAAUGAUAUUAUUGUGAUAGUAUGAUAGUAUUGUAAUUUCUUUAAUAUAAAUGUUUUCUCUCAGUAA